AUGUCGACAAAGCCCGAGAAAAAAUCCAAGAGGCGCAAAACGGAGGAGGAGGAGAACGGCGAGCCUACGAUGGAGGCCAAAUCGCCAAAAAAAGCCAAGAAGGAAAAGGACGAAAUGGAAAUCGACGUUCCGUUGGAGGAUCUCUCACCAAUUGCGCAUCCUUUGGCUCAGAAGAAACUGCUCAAGAAGGUGCACAAAACUAUCAAGAAAGCGUCCAAAGCUCGCCAGAUUAAACGCGGAGUGAAGGAAGUUGUGAAAGGCAUUCGGAAAGGCGAAAAAGGCCUGCUUAUCCUUGCGGCGGAUAUCAACCCCAUUGACAUUAUUUCGCAUCUCCCCAUACUCAGCGAGGAGGCCCAGAUACCGUAUAUAUUCGUGCCUUCAAAGGAGGAGCUGGGGAACGCUAGUUCAACAAAACGACCAACAAGUUGUGUGAUGGUUUGUCCAGACCAGAAGAAAAAGGCCAAGGCCAAGGACGGUGAUGAGAAGGAUGAAGACUACAGAGAGUUGUACGACGAGGUGCGACAGGAAGUAGAAGCAUUGGAUACCAAGAUUACCCCGUUUGCGACAGCUUUUGCUACUCUUCCGUUCCUUCCUUCUUACUUCGCCAUGGCACCUAAAGCCAAAAAGUCGCCCGCCGCAGACGUAGAACCCAAGGGUACUGCUCCCCCUUCCACUAAUGGGACCACCACGCCUGCCGAAAAAAAUGACACGUCGGACGCACCAACCGGCAGACCGGACAAGAAAGUCUUCGAUGCUGAACAAGACAAGCUCAAGGCCGACAUUGACGCUCUCCAGGCCAAGCUGAGUGCUGUCCGCGACAAGAUUGGUCUCGCUACCAAGUCAGGCCCUGGAAAUGACCGCAGAAAAGCGCUACUGGCCGAACUCGACUCCAUACGCGGGCAACAGUCGGAAACAAAAGUGUCCAGAAACAAGAUUCACGAGAACCUCAAGUCCAUGAACGAGAGUAUCGCCAAAAAGGUCAAGGACUUGCAGGCGGCCAAGUCCAAGACUCCAUUUAAAACGGUAGCUGAAGUCGACGCCCACAUCAAACAACUCGAACGACAAGUUGAAUCUGGCACCAUGAAACUCGUUGAAGAAAAACGCGCUCUGCAAGAGAUCAAUACCCAGAAACGCAACCGUCGCACUGUCGAGAACUUCCAAGCGGAGCAGGAGGCGAUUGACCGUGACCGCGCUGCCGUUGACGAGCUGAGAAAACAACUCGAAGACCCUGUCGCUAGAGCCGCAUCUGAGCGUUUCGACGCAAUUAAAGCUGAACUCGAUGUGCUCAAGAAGGAGGGUGACGAGGCGUAUAACAGUCGCUCGAAAUUAUUUGAAGAGCGAGACAAAAUCCAGAAUGAUCUCAACACGCUUUACAACGAGAAACGGGAGGCUUCGCAGCGUUUCCGGGACCUAAACGAUCGCUACUGGGCCAAAGUCAACGAAGAUCGUGCGCGACGGGCUGAACGACUGCGGGCACAACGAGCGGCUGAAGAAUUGCAGAAGAAACAAGAGCGGGCUGCUCGUAUUCGAGAGGAGGCAGAAAGCCCUGCUUACCAAGCUCAAAUCGAAGAUUGCCAGACACUCAUUGACUAUUUCUCUGGCAAGACAACCGGAACUGUGUCACUCAACAGUGCGCCAUUGACCACCAAAGCCGACGUUGCAGGUGUGCCCAAACUGGAUAUCCGCCAAGUCGAGGCUGCUCCGGAUGGUGUGGUUGUGCGAAAGAAGAAGGGCGAGGACGAUGAGGCGUACUUUGUUGGUGGAAAGGGGAAAGGCAAAGGCAAGAAGUCGACCCCCAAGACAACAGACGCGGAACCUACCGGCCAGCUCAAUGUCCCAUUCGCUACCCUAUCGGCCCUUCUUGCCCUUUCAAUCCCGCCUCCUCUUGCUCACGGAGAGGUCCCUCGUGUUAUCGAAGACCUCAAAACUAAGAAGGAGUGGUUUGAAGCCAACCAGGCUCGUGUUACCUCGGAGAACAUUGCCAAAGCAGAGGCUGAGAUUCAAGCAUUGAAUGCAGCUGCGAAGGAGUCGAAGGGCGACGAGAAUGGAGUUGUCGGGAAUGGCAAGGAACCCUCACCAUCUCCUGCACCUGAAGUUGUGGCCGAGUAG